GCGGGUACCUGGGUACCUACCACUGAGUUGGAAAUGGUGGUCACGUUCCAAAAGCCGGGGAGUGGGGGCGAACUAGACUGGCUGUCACCCCUUGGCUGCACCCAUUGAAGCUCCACAGCGAAUGGCGACGCGAGCCGCAGGAAAAAAAAAAAAAGAAAAAAGAAGGCGAAUUGUCAGCAGCAGAACCCGACCAGAAACCGAGCUAGACUUUGGUGGGAAACUGGGGGGCGAUCUUCUUGUCUGACAAUAAAAGGCUGCUAGCGCCCGGCUAGGCUCUCUGCUAUGACCGUCUGCCUCUCCUCCUCCUUCCCCUCCUCUCUCCCUCCCCCUCCCCCACGGGCAUCACCCAGGGCUCCUGUCCAUUCGGCAGACGAGGCUUGAUCCCUGUCCAGCAGCCGCCACAGCCGAGGCCAAGCCCGCUAGCGCCCGCCUCCAUCACCAGCACCAAUGGCGCUCGACUCCUCGCCCAAGAACCCGCCGCCGGCCAACGGCUGGGACACGGACAAGGUCCGCCACGGCGAGGCCGGCGAGUCGACACCGCCGGCCCCGCACCGGGACGCCGACGAGGACCUGCUCGACGCGCAGUGCCCGGCGCACACGACGGAGCGGAAGCUGAUCACGCGCAUCGACCUGCACGUCAUCCCCUUCCUCUGCAUCAUGUACCUGCUGGCCUUCCUCGACCGCGUCAACAUCGCAAACGCAAACGUCUUUGGGCUCUCGGAGGAGCUGCACCUAGACGGGACCCGGUACAACAACGCCCUCGUCGUCUUCUUCGUGCCCUACGUCCUGCUCGAGAUCCCGAGCAACAUCCUGCUCAAGAAGUUCCGUCCGCACAUCUGGCUCACCCUCAACAUGGCCGGCUUCGGCCUCGUCACGCUGAUCCAGGGCUUCGUGACGAGCUACGGCGGCCUCGUUGCCACGCGCUUCUUCCUCGGCGUUUUCGAAACGGGCAUGUUUCCAGGUGCCUUCUAUCUGAUCGGCAUGUGGUACCGCCGCCACGAGGCCCAAAAACGCUACUCCUUCUUCUUCAACUCCACCACUCUCGCCGGCGCCUUCGGCGGCCUGCUGGCCGCCGCCAUCGGCAAGAUGGACGGCCUCAGGGGCUAUCACGGCUGGCGAUGGAUCUUUAUUAUCGAAGGUGCCCUCACCAUCUUCGUUUCCAUCUUUUUCUUCUUCCUGCUCCCGGACUUCCCCGAGGAGAGCAAGUGGCUCACCCCGGAGGAGAGGGCUUUUGUAACGGCCCGCCUCCGCAUCGACCAGGGCCGCUCCGCCGUCGAACGGAGCAUCACGCUACGCGACGUGGGCAACGUCUUUCGCGACUACAAGGUCGUCCUCGGAGGCUUCAUGUACUUUGGCCUGAUCGUCCCGGCUUAUGGCUAUGCCUACUUCGCGCCGGGCAUUUUGCAGACUUUCGGCUACGACCCGAUCCAGACGCAGCUGCACAGCGUCCCACCCUGGGCCGCCUCGUUCGGCUUCUCCAUGUUGUGCGCGUACCUGUCGGACCGCACCCGCCACCGCUUCGCCUUUGCCGUCUUGGCCAUCCUCAUCUGCAUCUCGGGUUUCGCCAUCCUGAUCGCCGUGCACGACAACACAAACGUGCAGUACGCCGGCCUCUUCCUCGUCGCCAUGGGCGCCUAUACGGCCAUGCCCAUCAUCGUCUGUUGGUUCAACAUGAACCUGGGCGGCCACCACCGCCGCGCCGUCGGGAGCGCCUGGCAGGUCGGCUUCGGCAACAUCGGCGGCAUCAUCGCCGUCUACGCAUUCCUCAAGCGGGACGCGCCCUUCUUCAUCCCGGGCUACUCCAUCUCCAUCUCCUUCACCGUCCUCAGCAUCCUGGCCUGUGUGGCGUACGGCGUCGCCUGCUGGGCGGCCAACAGGAGGCGCGACGGGGAGGCGGCGGCGCACGGCUCGCGCCUGACGGAGGAGGAGAAGACGGAGCUGGGGGACAUGUCGCCCGACUACAGGUAUCUGCUGUAAAGGUAGUGGAUGCCGGGAAUGUCGUCGCGUGCCCUGUAGCAAGUAGAACGGGUACUGAGCCCAAUCAAAAUCUUCAAUAUCCGCCCCUCGCAUUUUUCAGCCACCCCGCGAUGAGGCGAUGCCAAGAGUGGACCAUAGAAUACCUCAACUGGCUGGCUGAAAACGAGUGCAUCCAGCCCAGCGCUGCCGAGACCCGCCAAGAAAACUGAUUUGCUAAUGCGGCGAGGACGAAAAAGGAAGUGCGUUCAUUGGAUUUGGAAAAUGGCCUCACUCUGUAUGUAAAAGGAAAAAGGGCUGCCCGAUACUUACUAUUUGUCUGCUAUUACUCUUGUCUGCUAUUACUCUUGUCUCUACACUCACCACUGAUCCAUCUAGUCAUGUUGUUUGGAGGACGAAGGGGCUUGUCAAUCGCCUCCCUGUUGCGGCCAUAGAGAUCAGCCUCGAACUCUUACCUUAAACUCUCAGACCGGGACCAUUCCCGAUCUCGGGACGCAGACCACAACGUCCAUGUCUUGGCCACGUCUAGGAACUCUCAGAGGGGGGCCUGUAUGCGUAAUACCACUGGGCGAUAAAAUCGCUGAUCGUGGCGCGGAUCUCGUCGAUCGUCGCCGCGUCGCGCUCGUCGGCGGCGGCCACCACGUCCCGGGCCGCGACCCUCUCCUCGCGGAUGACCAUGAGGAGGAAGACGAGGCGCUGGAUGUCCUCGCCGCAGAUAUCCUUGUAGAGCAGCCACGGCUCGCAGCCCCUGGUCGAGCAGGCCCCGAGCACGGGGAGCAGGGACGUCGCCCCGACAGCGCGGAGUUUAUUGCAGACCCUCACCGAGCCCAAGUUGCCCUUGCAGAUCGCCAUGGCGCUGGCCGAGUACGCUGCGUCGUUCAUGGUGUUUGCUUGGAGAGUUUUCUGUGAGACGUUCGGGGCUGGGUCGCAAGGGCUUCCGUUGGAUACUGAUGAUCGAGCGGAAAGGUUCCGGGCCGGUUGGUGUGUGAGGAUGAUGCGGAAAGAGGAGGACGGUAGACAUCGCAAUGAGAAUGACGGUAUUUGUACAUAUACCGCGGGAAAGCGUAGCACGGUAGUUGUGACAGGACAAUAGGGCUCUGAACAAAGAAAGACCCCGACCUGGAUGUGCACGGUGAUACUGUUAGGACAAUCGGGCUUUUUGAACAAAGGGAGUGAAUGUGUGUAGUGAACAAAGAGCAAGGAACAUAAGACAAAGAAAGUGGG